AUGACUGUCGAGACGCUAUCUUCGAAUGUCGUUAACUACCUGGUGUGGAGGUAUCUGCAGGAGGCCGGCUUUGGAUCUGCCGCGGUGCACUUGCAGAAAGAAUGGGUCCGCGACCCUCAAGAGCUUCCGUUCGCGAGUAACGUCAAGAAGAAUGCUAUGGUCGAGCUCUUGCAGGAUGGGCUAUACCUCAAUCAUCUUGAAGCUGGGGUCAAAGGAUCUCACUCAUCCCCACGGUUUGGAGAUGAUCACGGCAGCCAAUACUCGAUUCAUCGUAGCGGAGGUCCUGUACUGAGGGCCGAGGAUGACUACAAUGACAUACCCCAUGAGACCAAUGGUACAUUACACGAUAAUGGGUCAAAGAAAGGGCCAAGGCGGAAGAAGAAGAGUAGUGGGCCGGAACGUUUGAAUGGCGACGCGAUGGAGAUCGAGCCCAAUGGUGUGCAUUCACCUUCGCGUGGAGAAUCAGAGGCUCUGGUCUCUGAUGUCGAAUCCCCAAAUGUUGAAGAGGUACAAACCACAACCUUAGUCCAAGGAAGGAGUCUGGAUGUUCAGACGGAAAAGAUUGCAGAACUCGCUCCAAGCACCAUAAUCACCAGUGUUGACAAGCCAGGGUCUAUCAUCAAUCACGUCAUGUGGGGCCACGACAAUGACACUGAUAGAGACGUUCUGUUGGUUGCAGGCGACUCUUUACUUCGAUUCUACGAUGUUCCCACCUCCCAGACUCUACAGUCCACAGCGGGCGAACUCCGCAACGUAGACUAUCCACUACCCUUCAACAGUUUCGAUGUGUCAGCGUUUGCUUGGAAAGGACCUAGUGAACCUGGUUGCGCUGCAUUCGCAACACAGGAGCGUAUUACCAACGAAAUGAGCGAGUCUAUGUCUGAUUAUAAGUUGAGCCUGAUUGAAGGGAACGAGUACCGCAUGAUCUCUUCUCUCGGUGGGAUGAUAUUCCAAAUCACUUGGAAUCAAGCAAGUCAGCUUCUGCUGACUAUUUCUGGUAAUGAUGUCGCUGGUUUGAUUCGCAUUUGGAAGCAGGACUUCUCAUACGUGUCAUAUGCAACUGAUCAGCCUCUUUUGGAUUGUCAAUGGUUGUUUGACACACGGUUCGUUGUGUGUGGUGAAAAAUUCCUGAGCAUUCUCGAACUGGAUGCUCUUUCAAGCGAGAUCAGGGUCUUGAAAAACUUUGAUACCGGCAGGGACUGGGAUAGAGUCUGUUUUGAUCCGAUUUGCAGAUUUAUCGCUUGCAAAUCUCUUGACGGCGACGCUGUCGCUCUCGCACACCUUGAAGACGCAACACUGCGAAUUCAAACUUUCGACGUCGCACCUGUCACCGAUAUUGCAUUCCAGCCUAUCCCGAAUCCAGCUUCACAUACUGCAGAAUCUGCGCGUCUACUUGCGGCAUCAUUUCACCAUGGGUACAUCCAAGUAUGGAACGUAAAGGAAGGCUUCGAUCACGUGUACCGAGUCGAGCUUGAGGAUCGACCAGUAGGCGCCAUAGCAUUUUCUCCGGACGGUUUUCUCCUUGCUGCUGCUGGUAUGGACACUGUGUCUAUAUGGCAAGCUGAACACGGAGGAACGCCAAAAGCUCAAUGGCAUGGUUCUGAAGAAGAACACUGGGCUAUGCCUGGUAGCGACAAAGAUGCGCAAGACCCUCUGCACCGGCUUGCGUGGGACGCGGACAGCAAGCGUUUGGCGUUCGCCCUGGGGAAUCAGUUCGCUCUCAUUAACUUCCAGAGGUGA